AGUCCAGCAGUUGCAAUACACACAGGAUGGCCAGAAGAAAGAUUGGAAAUACUCAGAGGGGACCUUUCCCUUGGAAGUAAGAAAGGAACAGCUCCAGGAGACAAGACUUUCUCCUCAGCUUUGCUGCAGAGGCCAUGGGCUGCUGGAAGCAAGAGAAGAGCAACACCUGGACUUUUCCCACCCUGAUCCUCUGCCUCUAUGGAUUCCUCUACAUGAUGAAACCAUCAGAACCUUUCCUAACUCCCUAUUUAACCGGACCAGAUAAAAACCUGACCACAGAUGAGGUUACCAACCAGAUUUUCCCGGUCUGGACAUACUCCUACCUCGCGCUCCUUUUCCCAGUCUUCCUGAUUACAGACUACGUGCGCUACAAGCCCGUCCUCCUCCUCCAGGGCAUCAGCUUCAUCAUCACGUGGCUCUUGCUCCUCUUUGCACACGGAGUGGUGGCCAUGCAGGUGGUGGAAUUCUUCUACGGGAUGGUGACAGCCACCGAGGUCGCCUAUUACGCCUACAUCUACAGCGUUGUCAGCACCGAUCGCUAUCAGAGAGUGACGAGCUAUUGCAGAAGUAUCACUCUUGUUGCAGCCACCGUUGCGGCGGUGCUGGGGCAGCUGCUGGUUUCCUUAGCAGGCGUAUCCUACUUUCACCUUAACGCCAUCACUUUGGCUUCCGUGUCCCUGGCAUUCGUGUGCUCCUUUUUCCUCCCAAUGCCCCAGAAGAGUAUGUUCUUCCACAGGAAAGACGGCUCAGAAUCUCUCCCGGGACCCGAUAAAGUUGUGGCUAGGGUCAGCUCUGACAGGCCACCGAGCUGCCGAGAGGACAAGAGCUCUGUAUGUGCUGACAGGGCACCGCCACCCGAGCAGCAGGCUGAUAGUCCCAAGGCCCAGAAUCACAUGCUGAGAGUCCUGGUGCAGCUGAGCAAGGACCUGAGGGAUUGCUACAGCUCUAGGAAACUUCUGUACUGGUCCCUGUGGUGGGCUCUGGCUACGGCAGGCUUUAACCAGGUUCUGAAUUAUGUCCAAGUGCUGUGGGACUUCAGAGCCCCCUCCCACAGCUCUGCAGUGUACAAUGGAGCUGUUGAAGCCAUAGCAACUUUUCUGAGCUCAGUAACAUCUUUCUUAGUACAAUAUAUGAAAAUUAACUGGGACCUUUUUGGAGAACUGGCUUUAGGGAUCUUCUCUGCAAUAGAUGCUGGUUCGCUAUUUCUCAUGCACUUCACUGCCAACAUCUGGGCGUGUUAUACCAGCUAUCUCAUUUUCAAAGCAUGUUAUAUGCUCCUCAUAACAAUUGCAACGUUCCAGAUUGCAGUCAACCUGAGCAUAGAACGCUAUGCCUUGAUGUUUGGAUUCAACAACUUCAUUGCACUGUUGAUUCAGACCAUUCUUACAGUAGUUGUUGUAGAUUCAAGAGGCCUGGGACUGGACGUAGUGAUUCAGUUUUUGCUUUAUGGCAGCUACUUUGCAGUCAUAGCUGGGAUUUUCUUGAUCAGAAGCGUUUGCAUGCUUGUCUCAAGCAAAUGCAAAAGGAAAAUAUCAAGAUCUUACAAAGAGCAUCUGAACCAUGCUGAACACGGAUCAAAGGAGCAGAUUGUAACUGGCUAUACGACACGGCUGUAGGAGUCAGGCAGGCAGGCAGACUCACGCGGCCAGGCCCACGUGGGAGAAGAGCUCCUGCUGCAGCCUGCAGGGAACAGCAGUGCAAGAUGAACGUACAACACAGCCCUGAAAAGCUACGCUGAAUCAUUGCAGCACUUCAUUACAACAUAUGCCAGCUAAGAGAUCACUAUAAUGGCAUUGUGCCAAGAAGAAGAGAUAAAUUGCUUUAGAUUCUUAUUUAUUUGCCUGUAAAUAGGUUAACAGAAGUAUUUUAUACAUGAGAACAGAGCAACCAUCUUGGCAUCUCAGUGUGCACAAUGGCAAAGAUCAGAGUUCACCCUGCCUUGCUUGUUCUAGCUCUCGUACAUGGUGUUGACAAGCUGCUUCCAUGCACAUUUGCUCAUGCACGUGGGUGAAGGGUCUAUCCCCCGCUUUGCACAUACCUUGUUCUGAACCAAGGAAGAAGGGACUGUGUUUGCAUCAUUAUAUUCUUUCCUACCUAACUACAGGAAACUCUGUGACAGACUGCUCCCUUUUAAUUUAAAAGCACACAGAAGCAGGCCUUUUGGACAGAACUGUGCAGAAAAGCCGGCUUUGCACAACCUAUCUGAGAAGGUUCACUAAAACACUGCUAAGACACAGUUGUUACUUGGCCUACAUUUGAAAGCUGCAACCUAAACACUGUACUGAGUCCAUAGCAAUCUCAGCCCAGAAGGGAAAAACUUCACAGGCAAAACAAAGUAAAAGCAUUCCACUCCUUUCCUUAUGCUUCCAGUAAAAUUAAAUUCAGGAC